AUGACAUUCAAGACCCGCUCGCUGUCCGACAGCACCGGCACGCCGUCGAAGCUCUCGCCGAGCCCGCACAUUGUCGACGCCUCGCGACGGACCUCCAAGGACGACAGCAGCCUCGACCGCCUGCAGCCUCCCGUCACGCCGCGCCGCCUGUCGAUCCACGUGCCGACCCGGCAGGCCUCGCCUCCUCCCGGCACUCCCUCCGGCGCCUCGAUCCGGCCAGCUCCGGUGUCGCCCAAGCUGGACCACUCGCACUCGCACACCUACGCCUCGCCCACUAGCCUGCUGCCCCGCCGCUCACGAGGCCUCGACUUCUCGCGGGCCGCGACCAGCCUCCACCACUCGAUCCUGGCCGAGCAGCCGUCUCCAGACUCGUCACCCGUCAUCGGGGAGCGGGGUAUGAACAUUCCUGCGCGGAGGGGGCCGUAUGGAGGCGCAGAGCAGACAUCAACGUCUCUGUGGUCCAUGAUGGGCGAUCAGGAACGACACAAUAUCAGCACUUCACUUGGAAGCAACCAUGUGGUCCCAUCGGACUCUUCCAGCUCUUCUUCAGAAGACGAGGAUAUGGACGAAGAAAUGGAUGAGCCCUACGUGACGACGCCGCAGGUAUCCAAGACAGGCAUGCCUAUAGGACAGGGCUCUGGGAUCGGUGCUUUGGGCUCCCCCUCUAUGGGUAGCCUAGCGAGCUUCCAGCACCGGCAGCGACAUCGCAAACAUCCGAAGAAGAAGCCACAUGGUCCCCUCGGCCUAGGAUUCAACCUUGCUUCGGCUGUCCUCUCAAAGUCACCGCCUAGUAACUCGGCUGCGGCGCGGGCUAGGAGGGAGAGUAUAAGCUGGCAAGCGAACCAGCUCCACAUUUCAUCGAGAGAUAUUGACGAGGGCGCGCCCGCAGAAGGCAGCAGUGGCGAUCAGAAGAGCGUGAUACGGCGGGUUGUUACACGGCGGGGGAAUCUCUUGCCCAAAGCAAAAGCAUUUGCACGCAUCCGUGCCGCUCUCGCAGAAGAGGGCUCACCAGCAGAGUCCGAAUUCAUGCGAGAAGCUGAAAUCGUCAAGCAAGUCCGCGAAAGCGAUGUCGACUUUGAGCCUCGCGUUCAACCCGCGGGCGCUGACCAUAGCGCCAUGACGACAACCCAUUCAUCACCUAAUCUCACCAGCACUCAAGAAGUCCUGGAGGAAAUCCCUGCAGACGACCCAAUGAGUGAUUUGAGCGCAGGCCUAGGAAGCAGCUUCAAGCAGCAGGCCAUGAAGAACUCCAAAGGCAAACAGUUUUGGGAUACGUUUUCCGAAUCAAGCGGAGCAAGAACGCCGCCUCCUGGGGCAACUUUUCUGCCUCGGGGUUCAUCAUCGGGGAUAAGCGAGGAUACUAACAUGGAUUCGCCUUCCCUGAACUCCAGUGGCUUCUACAAUGGCCAACUGCCUAGUGCCGCAGAGAUUACAAGGCGAAUCAACAACAAGCGUCGUCGAGACGAUGACUUUGACCCAACCAGCUUCAAGCGUCGCGCCGUCAGCCCCAGCAUCAGCGUGCACAACUCGCCCAUCAUCCAAAGCCCCAUGCAGCGCGACGUGAUGCCCUGGGGCUCACGACCCGGCAGCACCGGCGGCGACAGAGGUAGCAGCGGACAGAGUGAAUCUGGCAGCAUGGGCGGAACGCCAGCGAACCCCCCUGUGGGCUCAACAGGCCAGGUCAGGAAGGGAAGAGUCGGCCUUCAGGGAAUGACGGAUACGAACGAUGGUAUCAUGCGAAUGAGCAUUGAGUGA